AUGUCACCUGCGGAGAUGAAUUUAGAUCCUCACGUACUUUUGUCUUUACUUUUUCUAACAGUAUUUUCUUUUGUUACCUUAAUUUACAUUUUUAUCACCAUCCCAAACAGUGUGGAUGAAUGUGGUGGUGGAGGUGUUGCGCCUGUCGAUGUUGGUGGUGCUGCGGAUGCUGAUGUAGGUGUCGGUGUUGGUGUUGGUGGUUCGGUUGUUGGUGUUGAGGUUGGUACGGCUGUUGGUGUUGGUGUGGGUGUUGGUGUUGGUGCUGUUGCUGGUGUUGGUGUUGGUUCUGUUGCUGGUGUUGGUGUUGGUGCUGGUGCUGGUGCUGUUGUUGGUGGGGGAGGUGCGGAUGCUGAUUCAAUAAAUGAUAGCACUGCAGGUCCUUCGUUGUUGGUACAAUCUCUAGCAGGAUAUCGAUCAGCAAAUUCUUUCUAA